AUGAGAAUAAUUCUUCGAAAUGAAGGAAACAUCAUGAAAUUCAGAUGCUUUUAUGAUUUCACAAUUCACUUUGUGUAUUGCUAUGUCAAAGCAUUAAAGAACCAUAAAACAUAUUUGUUUUACCUCGAAUUAGCCGAUAAUUAUGCACAAGUUUCAGCUCAUCCAUCCUCGACUUCCAUAAAACCGCUCCAGGAUAUCGGCAAGUGUAAAAUAUUGCAUACACUUGCUGAAUAUUUAAUAAUUCAGCCGUUUGUUGCACUUGCCAAUGAAUCGAAUGAGAAAUUGCUGGAAAUGUUAAAGUUUUAA